AGGAGAAGAAGAAGAGAAGUUGAGGGAGAAGAGAAGAAAAGAAGAAGAAGAGGGAAAAGAAGAGAGGAGGAAGAGGGAGAAGAGAAGAAAAGAAGAAGAAGAAGAAGAAGAGAGGAGGAUAGCUGCGGCAAGGCUGCAGCGAGGAGGUGUGUGGCGUUGGGGAGGAAAAGGGAAGAGGAGAAGAAGAUGGAAAAGAGAGGGAAGAGGGAGAGGAGCGAGAGGUGGCAGCAGCUAGGGCUGUAGCACCUAUGUUUCCUACAGGUGGAAACAGAGGAGAGGUGUGGGGCGUUCAAAGAGGAGAAGAAGAAGAAGAGGAAGAGAAGAGGAAGAGGAAGCAGGAGAAGAGGUUGUGAUACCUCUGUUUCCUGCAGAGGAAACAAAGGAGAGGGUGUGUGUGACGCCAGGGAGGAGGAGGGAAGAAGAAGAGGAGAAGAAGAAGAGAAGGGAAAGGAGGAGUUGCGGCUGCGGCGGUAGAAGCUGCAGCUGGAAGAGAAGGAGAGGAAGAGAUGGUGAGGAAGAAGAGAAGAAGAAGCGGGUGAAGAGGCGGCACCUCUGUUUCCUGCAGGAGGAAACAGAGGAAAGGAGGUGCUGUUCGUCAGGGAGAAGAAGGGGAGGAAAGAGAAGAAGAGAAGAAGAAGAAAGGAAGGAGAAGGAAGAGGAGAAGGGAAAGCAGUAGCUGCGGCUGCGGCUGUGGCAGCUGCAGCUGUGGCAGCUGCAGCUGUGGCAGGGAAAGAGGAAGAGGAAGGAAGAAGGGAAGGAGAGGAAGAAGAGAAGGGGAAGAAGGGGCUGCGGCUGCGGCGAUGGCAGCUGCAGUUGGAAGAGAAGAAGGAGAGGAAGAUGAGCAGGGGAGGAAGAAGAGGCUGUGGCCGUGGCUGAGGCUGCGACUGCAGCAGUGCAGCGGGAAAGAAGAGAAGGAAAGGAAGAAGAAGAGAAAGGAAAAGGGAAGAAGAGAGGAAGGGGAAGAAGGGGCUGCGGCUGCGGCGAUGGCAACUGCAGUUGGAAGAGAAGGAGAGGAAGAUGAGCAGGGGAGGAAGAAGAGGUUGCAGCCAUGGCUGUGGCCGCAACUGCAGCAGUGCAGCUGGGAAAGAAGAAAAGGAAAGGAUGAAGAAGAGAAAGGGGAAGAGAGGAAGAGGAGAAGGGGUGGCAGCUGCGGCAGUGGCAGCUGCAGCUGGAAGAGAAGGAGACGAAAUAGAGCAGGGGAGGAAGAAGAGGCUGCGGUUGUGGUGGCUGUGGCCAUGGCUGCGACUGCGACUGCGGUAGUUGCAGUUGGGAAAGAAAAAAAAAGGAAAUGGGAAAAUAGGGGCUGUGGACGGGAUUGCGGCCGCAGUGGCAGUGAUUGCGUAUGCAGCAGCUAUGUCUGUGAAAGAAGGGGAGGAAGAAGGCAGUGUGGUGGAAGGGGCAGCAACUACGGCAGCGGCAGCGGCGGUGGUUGUGGCAGCUGCGUUUAGGAAAGAAAAAGAAGGAAUGAGAGUAAGAGAGAGCAGGUGACUGUGCCUCGAUAUUCGGCACGUGGUGUAGUUGCGAAGAAAGAAAGAAAACGAGUGUACAAAACGAAACAGGGAGGGGAGGGAGGAAAAGUAGAAAAAGGAUUUGAGCGUACACCUUCGAAUCUUUGGACCAAAACCUUCAAAAGGUCAGCUUGUCACUCUUUGAGAUGUUUGAAUUGGGCUGAGGCAGUGAAGAGCUAUUCAGAAUUAUGAGCAAGUCUUAUUGGUUAUUAUGUUAUUGUUGUAUAAGCAUAUUUUGUAUGUAAUGAAAUGUUGUCGAUGAAUCAAAAUGGAUAUAUUGAGUAAAAGUGUUAGAAGAUCUCUUUUAUUUAGAAUUUCGGAAUGUUAAGCCUAGUUUAUGAUGAUAUGAACUUGUGGUGAAUAAUUGGAGUUUUGAUUGUAUAAUUUAUUUAGCUUGUGGAUUUAUAAAUUUUGUUCAUGUUUGUCGA